AUGACUGAGCCAAAGCCUUCGUCCAAAACCUUGGAAGGAUUCCUCGAAGAGGGUAAGGUGAAAUACGAGAGUGACACCGCUGCCUCGAUCAUCUACAAACAUCCUCCAUCCACGCCACUGGCGUGUGACAACACGCUCAUCUCGCCGAAUCCAAUCGUGAAACGCGAUGAGGUGCCUUUACCCAUUGCACAGCGUGCAAUUGUCGACCCUACGUCGGGAGUGGUGCACAACACUUUCGAUGAAGAUCAAGCACAACAUUUUCAGUCGGUCGAUGACCGCAUGCGCCAAGCACAAAUUGUAGCCUCAGCCAAUGCUCACAGUGGCUACCGCUUCACCCCACCGACUGAGGAUGAGAGUAUCCGUCAGACUGCCGGGCAGUCAUUCGCAACAUGGAUCACGGGACCUAGGGCUGUCACAGCCACUGCAGCAAUAGUGAAGAGGGAUGCUUUCAGAGCGAUAUACUUGGAUGUUGAACGUAUGACCUCUCAAGGACACGUUGGCAGGCUGAAUCUGCAAGCACAAAUUGCGUCUGUGUCCGCCUUGCAAUCAACACCCAUCGUUCUCUUCCCUGGUGAGACAGCGGCGGACAGUGAUGUCGUUUUCACGCGUUAG